AGCACCCGGGCGGUGGGUGACCUCGCGACCUGCGCCAAGAAGCGCGUGGCGGAGAGCAGACCUUGGAGGACGGGUACUACCACCUGACCCUCAGCCUCUCGGAUCAGGGGCACUGCGGUCACCACUUCACCAACGUCACCAUCCCAAUUCCCGGCGCCGCUCGGCGGUUGACUCCAAGUCUAGACCCCUCACCUCAUGCUCUGGUGCAGCUCGGAUGAGAGUCGCUCGUGGAAGGGCUGGCCCUCGAUGACAUCAUCACGGUUCGCCACGGAGGGGCGAGCGUCAUCAGAGCCCGUCGAUUCCCUUCUUUCUUCUCCGCCCCGGGCGGUACGGGAACCCGGAAGGGCCGGGCUCUCCGCCCCGCCUCCCGCGCGACUAUUGACUGGAAGGCUGGGGUAGGAGCUCGCAGAUGGACCUGGUUGUCGGCCAGCGAGCAGCAUGGAGGCGCCCUGGGGGAUCGGCAACGCCGAGCGGAGCUGGUACGUCUCGGCCCAGCAGUCCGAAGCGGCGGAGGCGGAAGAGUUGAGCCCGUUGCUAAGCAACGAACUUUACAGACAGGGAUCCCCAGGUGUUUCAUUUGGUUUUUCUGUGUUUAAUUUGACAAAUGCCAUCAUGGGAAGUGGCAUCCUUGGUUUAGCUUAUGUUAUGGCUCAUACUGGCAUCCUUGGAUUUAGUUUCUUGCUGCUGAUAGUUGCUCUCCUGGCUUCCUACUCAGUUCACCUCCUGCUAAGUAUGUGUAUUCAGACAGCUGUGACAUCUUAUGAAGAUCUUGGACUCUUUGCAUUUGGAUUACCUGGAAAGAUGGUGGUAGCAGGCACCAUCAUAAUUCAGAAUAUUGGAGCUAUGUCAUCAUAUCUUGUAAUUAUUAAAACAGAGCUUCCUGCUGCUAUUUCAGAAUUUUUGUCAGGAGGCCAUACUGGGCCUUGGUAUCUUGAUGGACAAAUACUACUAAUAAUCAUUUGUGUUGGCAUUGUGUUCCCUCUUGCACUUCUUCCUAAAAUAGGCUUUCUUGGCUACACAAGUAGUUUAUCAUUUUUCUUUAUGGUGUUCUUUGCUGUUGUGGUAAUAAUUAAAAAAUGGUCCAUCCCUUGUCCUCUGCCAUUAAAUUAUAUAGAACAAUCUUUCCAGAUUUCAAAUGCUACAGAUGAUUGUAAACCAAAGCUCUUUCAUUUCUCCAAAGAGAGUGCUUAUGCCAUACCUACCAUGGCUUUUUCAUUUCUCUGCCAUACCUCAAUAUUGCCCAUAUACUGUGAACUUCAAAGCCCUUCAAAGAAAAGAAUGCAAAAUGCAACCAAUACAGCAAUUGCUUUAAGUUUUCUCAUUUAUUUUAUAUCUGCACUCUUUGGGUACCUCACGUUUUAUGACAAAGUGGCAUCAGAAUUACUGCAAGGUUAUAGCAAGUACUUGCCACAUGAUGUUGUUGUCAUGGCUGUGAAGCUAUGCAUACUAUUUGCUGUGCUUUUGACAGUCCCUCUAAUCCACUUCCCUGCAAGAAGAGCUUUAAUGAUGAUGUUUUUCUCCAAUUUUCCAUUCUCAUGGACUCGCCAUUCUUUGAUCACUCUAGCACUCAAUGUUACCAUUGUUUUACUUGCAAUAUAUGUUCCUGACAUUAGGAAUAUAUUUGGUGUGGUUGGUUCCAGUACAUCAACAUGUUUGAUUUUUAUAUUCCCAGGACUAUUUUAUCUUAAACUUAGCAGAGAGGAUUUUCUCUCGUGGAAAAAACUUGGGGCUUUUGUUUUGCUCAUCUUUGGAAUUUUGGUUGGGAAUUUUAGUUUAGCAAUAAUCAUUUUUAAUUGGAUUAGUAAGUGAAACAAAUAUUUUCCCACUUCUUACAAAGAAUAAUUUACCUCUAUAUGCAAAAAGGAAUAAUUCUGUAAAGCACUUUUGAUGAAUCCUUUUUAUAUGGGUAAACAUUUUUACAAACAUUAUUAACAGAAAAGCAGAACAAAAUGGGAAUAGGUAGCGGAAAGUGGAUUUAUAGCAGUUUUAAUUAACAUAAAAUUCAAAAUGUUCUUUGAUAUGUUAGGUCAACCUUUGUAUUUUUUUAAAAAUCAAUAGACUUUAUUUUUUAGGGUAGAUUUAAUGUUUACAGAAACAUUGAGCAGAAGGUACAGAGUUCUCAUAUAUCCCCUGAUCCCCAACACACCCAUAGUUUCCCAUAUUGUUGAAAUCUUGCAUUCAUGUGGUGCAUUUGUUAUACUUGAUGAGCCAAUAUUGAUACAGUACUUGUAAAACAUUUUUUAAGUCUGUUGAUUUUGAGAGAGAGCGAGAACAUGAGCAAGGGAGGAGCAGAGAGAGAGAGAGAGAGAGAGAGAGAGAGAGAGAGAGAAUAUCAAGCAGGCUCCGCACUGGCAGCACAGAGCCUGACACGGAGCUGGAACUCACAAACCAGGAGAUCAUGACCUGAGCCAACAUCAAGAGUCAGACACUUAACCGACUGAGCCACCCGGCUACCCCUUGAUACAGUAUUAUUUACUAAAGUACAGAGUUUGCCUGAGAGUUCACUGUUGAUGCAAGCAUUGGCAACCACUGAUCUUUUGACUGACUUCAUAAAAACUGUGAGCCUUUCCCUGUGAGCCUUUUCUAGGAUGUCAUAUAGUUGGAAUUAUAUAUUAUCUAACCUUUCAGGCUGGCUCUUUCACUUAAACAAAAUGCAGUUAAGUUUCCUCCAUGCAUUUUCAUAUAGCUCAUUUCUUUUUAUUAUUGAAUAAUAUUCCACUGUAUGGAUGGGCCAGUUUGUGUUUUCAUUCACCUGUUGAAGGACCUCUUCCUGGCUUUCAAAGUUAUGAAUAAAGUGUGUACAGGUUUUUGUGUGGAUAUAAGUUUCAGCUUUUUUGGGUUAAUACCAAAGAGCACAAUUGCUGCAUCAUACGGUAAAAAUAUGUUUAGUCUUAUAAGAAACUGCCAAACUGCCUUCCAAACUAGCUGUAAUAUAUUACAUUUCUGACAGCAGUGAAUGAGAGUUCCUGUUGUUCCAUAUCCUCGCCAACAUUUGGUGUUGUCAGUGGUUUGGAUUUUUGUCAUUCUAAUGGGUGUGUAGUUAUAUCUCAUUGUUUCAAUUUGCAUUUCCCUAAUGACAUAUGAUGUGGAGCAUCUUUUCAUAUGCUUAUUUGCCAUCUGUAUAUUUUCUUGGGUGAGGUUUGGAUCUUUUGCCCAUUUUUUAAAUUGGUUUAUUUUCUCACUGUUGGCUUUUAAGCAUUCUUUGUAUAUUUUAGAUACCAAUCCUUUAUCAGAUAAUGUGUUUUGCAAAAAUUCUCUCCCAUUCGGUGGCUUGCCUUCUCGUUCUCUUAACAGUGUUUAUCACAGGCAGAAGUUUUUAGUGUUAUUAAAUGUAUAGAGUCAAUCUUUCAUUUGUUUGUUUUUUAAGAAAUCAGUGUAUUGGCUUUAUAUACAAAAUUGAAUCUUAGCUGUGGGUUAAUGUUGUCAACAUCAAUCACUAAUAACGAAACUGUGGGAUUAUUUCAUUUGGUAUUUUGCCCUGCCUCCCAAUCUUCUCUAAGAAACUUUUGUGAUUUUCCUGUUGUUCAUUAUGACAUAGAGCUGUGAUGAUUGACUGUGGAUUUGGAAGUUCUCUGAGCUUUCUCUUUUGUCACUUAAACACGUGACUUUCUAGUUGGCAAACAGACAAAUAGUGACGAUUUAUAUCAAGUUUUGUGCAGAGGUUAUAAAUCAUUGUUUCCCAUUGAUGUGGCUUACUUUUGGUUGGAAAGCAGAAGCUAGAUCUCUUCUCCCCAUGAGUGCUCUUUGUGAAAGGCACCUUGUUAGCAGCCUACCAAAGCCAGGGUGUAUCAGUGAAAAUGUAAUGCUACCCCUGUGCACAUGUAAAGUAGGGGAUUGCAUGCAAAGCACCAAUUUGCAUGAAUGGAAAUACACACUUUUGCAGGUGCCCCUUUGCUUCCUACUUAGGAAAUGGGCAGAAAAAUUGACAACUGAGCUUCCCUUUUGAGUUAAGAUAUUUCUUUGGCAACUUUGGAUCAGCAUAGUAUAAUGGAAAAAGUCUAAGUUUGAGGGUUAGAAAGACUUAGAUUCAAAUCUCAGUGAGUUUAGACAAAGUACUUAACCUCUCCAAGCCUCCACUUUCAUAUAGGUAUUAAAUGGAAUUAAUACCAAUUAUACAGGGUUGUGUUGAGAGGAUUAAAUGACCCUGUAUAAAUUAGGUGCAGACCAAAACAGGCUCUUAGAUCAGAUACUUAUCCCCUUUCCCCCAUCCCUUCAUCUGGACCAGUAAAAUAAGUUUGCUUUCAAUCAGAGACAGGGAAUUUCUUCGUCUUCCAUCUUGUACAACUAAUAUGUUUAGAAUCUUUCUCUAGCCUUCAUUCACAGGGGAACUGGCCCCAUGUGCACUCUUUUUCAUGUUUUGCCACAGUUCUGCCCCAGCUGUGCUCUCCUACUAAUGUCUUCCUGAAGCUGGGCACUUAGCAUGGUCCCAGGGGCACAGCCAGGCAUGGCUUCCCCUGUGGCUUCAGGUCAGCCAGAGCCUACCAAUCUGAUAAGCUAAUUCUUGUACCCUCUUUUUCUGUUUAUGAAAUUAUAGAUCCAAACACAAAUAGGUGUUCAGCUGCUUACAUAAAUCUAAUUCCAGUAAUACCAAAAUAACACUAAAUCUGCAACAGAUGCAAGGAUGCCCUGUGGGGCAAAUGUUAAAUGUGAUGACAGCUGGGCAUCAGUUAAUACAUUUGUCACCUGCUCAUGGGAUAGGAUCAUGAGAGGUUUGGCAAAGGGACAAGUAACAUAUUGAACAUAAAACUUAGUUAAUAUCAAGAGAUAAUAUUUGUGGAAGUGUUUUUCUUUUAUUUUACUUCAAUAUUCUGCCUUAUCUGGUUGCCUCUUCGGGGUCACAGCUUUCUCUAUGAGUGUGGAGGAAGCUAAUAAGAUGUCAGGUAAGAGCAGUGUCCCCUUCACUAGGAUUACCAAAAACCCUUGUUCAAGUACUCCGCAACAUUAUUCCUGGGAAAUAUAGGCCCUCGCAUUAUGGGCUUAACGUUCAUAAUUUAUUAGGUAAGAACUAUUUAAAAUAAAACUAAGUAAAGUACAAAAUAUAUACUUUUCUAACACUUGGAGACUUGUUUGCUAAAUUAAAAAACGAAGUGCUGAGAAUAUAAAUUACUUUCGUAUGUUGAAGGUGAAUGUUUAAAUUGUACCUUUUUUUUUAACAGAAUGUUUACUCAUGAGCUUAGCAUUUAAAUGGUUAAAACAAGCCUUUGAAGUUAACACUCCAUUAAGAUGAAUGGGGGUAAUUCACACCUCUGCUGGUGCUGUAUUAUUUCAGUCUGGCUGCGGAGAAAACAAGACAGGAGUAGGUUGAUUUACUGUGUGAAGGCCCUUUAAACACCCAAGGUCUGGAAAUCUUUGUGGGUUUUUUUGCCUUUCCAUCUAGAAGCAGAAUCUGAAAUUCAGCACAAUCUGGGUAUAGACCUGGUCUUGAAAGUACCAUACAUUCUCUACUGUGGCAAUUCCUAACUCGCAUUUGAUGGGUAGCUUGUUACCAGAUCAGCCCAACCUCUCUGGCUUUGUUUGUUCCUUUGUUCCUUCUCCCGUGACACCUUUUAAAUUUAAGUUUAGUACCUUGGUAAAUUCACCAAUGGAAAAGCAGAAGCAUACCAUCCAUUUUCAGGUAAACUUUACACAUGCCUUUAAAUGGUUAUCAGCUAAUCACGGGCCUUCUUGUGCUUCUAAAAACAUUUUUACCUUUGCAAAAUCUCAUCUUCUUUAUUUGCCUGUAUAUAAACCUGUAAGACCGUUUUUCUUCUCCCCCGUUUGGGGGGUGAUCUCUGAUGUGAGCAGAGAUCAGCUAGGAAAGAUUCAUUUCUUUCUCCAUGUGACCUUUGGCACCAGUACUCUUCUGUAUUUGAAAUGUGUACCCCCCCAUCCCCCGCCAUUUGUGGAAGUGCUAUAGCCAUCUGACUCUGAAACAUUUUAGAGCCUAGGAAUAAGGUUAUGUGGGCACAAAUGAAAUGGCGAGCACUGUAUGAGAUGUUAAUGAAUUUGGAAGAUCUCUUUUUAAGGUAAACGGAUUUUUCUCUUCUCCAUUCUUGCCCCGUGUAUUUGCCGGAUCAGGUUACUAGAUAAUCUUUGGGUAGCUGGGUGUGGGGUCUCUCGUGCUGACAGUGCCAGUAGAAUAUAUAGAGAUGGAAAAUAGAUGCUAGAAACAAAAGGACUCGAACAGUUAAUUUUAACCUGAUUUUCUUCUUGGCAUGUUGACAGUACUCUCUCUGACUUUAUUAGAAUUAGCCCUAUUGAAAAAAGACUUUGUUUCCUGCCAAUUACUUUGCCUAAAACUUAGGUGUCAUAAUUUUUGGUCUUAGAACUUCUCAGAACCUGAUAUAGUACUGAAACAAUUGUUUUUCUAAUUUAAGCACACAAUUUGUUCAUUUUUCUACAUUAUCCUCCUAUAGUCUUCCCUUAAUGAAGAGGGAAAAAUAAGAAAACAAAAUUUUGGUGAAGGAUAAGUAAAGAUAUUGUGGAUAUGGCUUCCUCAUUACAAUCACUCUUCCUGAACAAUCUGAUCUAUGUUUUUACUAUCAUGAUCCACUGUCCUAGUUUGUGAGGCUGUCCAUCAAGAUGAGCACUUAUGAGGAGCAGGAAGACUCAUCUUGCCUGGUGGCCAGGGGGACAAGUUUUUUCGCCUGUGGGACAAAGGAAAGGGGCAGAGAGGGAAAUUGAGUUGCCAGGGGAAAAAAAAGACAAGUGGAUGAAAAGGCAUUGUCAUAUGGGAUGGUAUAAAGAAACAAGACCUCCAGAGAAAUGUUUCUCACUGUUUGAAUUUGUGUGUGUUUUGUCUUCUACUGAUCAGUGGAUCAAUGCACAACACAGGCAAAGGGGCUGGCUAAUUCACUGAGUAAGUAUUUACUGAGCACAUAAUACACACUAAGAGUUGCACUAGUCCUAAAGUUGUGAAGUUAAAUAAGACCCCUGAAUUUCUUGCCUGAAAAAAGCUCAAAUAAAACUUGGAAUUUUCUGAUUGAACCUUUUCAAGAUGGCCCUGGUAAUGCAACUGCUUAACGCAAAGGAAAACAUAGAUUAAGUCCUAGCCUCAGCAAUUAGACAAUAAAAUGAAAUAAAAGGCAUCUAAAUUGGCAAAGAAGAUGUCAAACUUGCACUUUCCGCAGAUGAUGUGGUACUCUGUCUACAUGGAAAAUCCAAAAGACCACCAAAAAACUGCUAGAACUAAUACAUGAAUUCAGAAAAGUUGCAGGAUAUAAAAUCAAUGAACAGAAAUCAGUCGCGUUUCUAUACAGUAACGAAACAACAGAGAUAUCAAGGAAACGAUCCCAUUUAAAUUGCACCAAGAACCAUAAAAUACCUAGGAAUAAACUUAACCAAAGAGGUAAAAGAUCUGUAUGCUGAAAACUAUAGAAAGCUAAUGAAAGAAAUUGAAGAAGACACAAAGAAAUGGAAAAGCAUUCCAUGCUUAUGGAUGGGAAGAACAAAUAUUGUUAAAAUGUUGAUACUAUCCAAAGCAACCUAUACAAAUGCAGUCUCAAUCAAAAUAUUACCAGUAUUCUUCACAGAGCUAGAACAAACAAUCCUAAAAUUUGCAUGGAACCACAGAAGACGCCGAAUAACCAAAGUAAGGUUGAAAAGAAAACCAAACUGGAGGCAUUGCAAUCCCAGACUUUAGCCUAUACUACAAAGCUGUAGUCAUCAAGACAGUAUGGUAUUGGCACAAAAGCAGACACAUAGACCAAUGGAAUAGAAUAGAGAACACAGAAAUGGACCUACAAAUGUAUGGCCAACUGAUCUUCGACAAAGCAGUAAAGAGUAUCCAAUGGAAAAAUGACAGUCUCUUUGGCAAGUGGCGCUGGGAGAACUGGACAGCAACAUACUGAAGAAUGAAAUUGAACCACUUUCUUACACCAUACACAAAAAUAAAUUCAAAAUGGAGGAAAGACCUAAACGUGAGACAGGAAACCAUCAAAAUCCUAGAGGGCAAAAUGGGCAACAACCUCUUUGACCUCAGCCGCAGCAACUUCUUACUUGACACGUCUCCAAAGCAAGGGAAAUAAAAGCAAAAAUGAACUGUUGGGAUCCCAUCAAGAUUAAGAGCUUCUGCACAGCAAAGGAAACAAUCAACAAAACUAAAAGGCAAACAACAGAAUGGGAGAAGAUAUUUGCAAAUGACAUAAAGGGUUAGUAUCCAAAGUCUUUAGAGAACUUAGCAAACUCAACUCCCAAAAAAACAAAUAAUACAGUGAAGAAAUGGGCAGAAGACAUGAAUAGACACCUCUCUAAAGAAGACAUCCAUAUGGCCAAUAGGCACAUGAAAAGAUGUUCAAUGUCACUCCUCAUCAGGGAAAUACAAAUCAAAACCUCAUUGAGAUACCAUCUCAGACUGGUCAGAGUGGCUAAAAGUAACAACUCAGGAAACAACAGAUGUUGGCGAGGUUGUGGAGAAAGGGGAACCCUCUUGCACUGUUGGUGGGAAUGCAAACUGGUAUAGCCACUCUGGAAAACAUAGUGGAGGUUCCUCAAAAAAAUUAAAAACAGAAUUACCCUAUGUCCCAACAAUAGCACUACUAGAAAUUUAUCCAAAGGAUAUAGGAGUGCUGAUUCGUAGGGGCACAUGUACCUAAUGUUUAUAGCAGUGCUAUCAACAAUAGCCAAAAAGAGCCCAAAUGUCCAUCACCUGAUGAAUGGAUAAAGAAGAUGUAAUGUGUAUGUGUACACACACACACACACACACACACACACACACACACACACACACAGGAAUACUACUCAAUGAUGAAAAAGAAUGAAAGCUUGCCAUUUGCAACAACAUGGAUGGAACUAGAGGGUAUUAUGCUAAGUGAAAUAAGUCAGUCAGAAAGAAAGAUAUCCUGUGUUUUCACUCAUAUGUGGAACUUGAGAAACUUAGCAGAAGACCAUAAGGGAAGGGACGGAAAAAUAAAUUACAAACAGAGAAGCAAACCACAAGAGACUCGUAAUUACAGAGAACAAAUUGAGGGUUGAUGAGGGUGGGGGUAGGGGGUUUGGGAGCAGGGAAGAUGGGUGAUGGGCAUUGAGGAGGGCACUUGUUGGGAUGAGCACUGGGUGUUUUAAUUGGCAAAUCACAGGAAUCUACUCCUGAAGCCAGAACUAUGCUGUGUAUGCUGUAUGUUAGCUAACCUGACAAUAAAUUAUUUAAAAAAAAAAAAGAAAAGGAAAACAUAGAUCUAUAUCUAUAGUUUCAUACAUUUAUGGAGAGAGAGACUUUUUUUUU